CCGACGUCACGGCCCAUCGGUCCUCUCAACUCCGCACUCUCCAACACCAAUGUCCGUACCACGUCACCGGCGACCUCUGCCUCCGCAAUGCCGCACCACCCCGCCUUGGCGCAUCCUCCUCUGCCGCGCAAGCUCCUCUCCCGGCGCCACAUAGUCGCCGUGUGCGCCGCCGUCGCGGCGCUCGCGCUCGUCCUGGUCGCUGCCCCGGCCACGGAGGAUCCUAGCCGGCGUCGCGCCUACCUCGUGGGACCCCUCCUUGACGGGAACCGCGAGGAGGCGGAGGCCGCGGCGGCGGAGCGCUUCGCGGGCGCCUCCUCCCCGCCGUCGCCGGCCGAAGCGCAGCUUCCUUUCCUCCUCGAGACUAAUAUGUCAUCUAGGAUUGCACCAGCCCCAGCCCCAUCUAUGUUUUUGGUCCCUUCACCAUCGCCUGGAGAGAAUUUUGAUGAUGGUUCAAUGGAGGAACCCGAGCAACCCUUGAUAAAGGGAAAUCCACCUGAGGAAUCGGCCCCUUUUCUCCAAGAGCCCAUUUCUAGUGGCUCCCCUACGAGGAGCUCUGAUGUCAAUGGAGAACACGACAUGAAUACCAAAUCUCAGGCACCGCUUUGGUCAACAGCAGCUGAUGAAGAGCUUUUAUAUGCAAAGAAAGAAAUUGCUAAUGCACCAUUGAUAUCCGAUGAUCCCGAUCUGUAUGCACCCCUGUUCCGGAACGUGUCCAUGUUUAAAAGGAGUUAUGAACUGAUGGAGAGUCUUCUUAAGGUUUUUAUAUAUCAUGAUGGAGUCAAACCUAUUUUUCAUUCACCAGAGUUGAAAGGCAUUUAUGCAUCUGAGGGAUGGUUUAUGAAAUUGAUGGAGGGGAACCAGAAUUUUGUUCUGAGAGACCCAAACAGAGCUCAUUUAUUCUAUCUCCCAUAUAGCUCUCGUCAAAUGGAGCACAAUCUUUAUGUGCCUGGCUCGAAUACACUUGAGCCACUGUCUAUCUUUCUAAAAAAUUACAUAGAUAUGAUCUCUGCCAAGUACCCAUAUUGGAAUAGGACAAAAGGAGCUGAUCAUUUUUUGGUUGCUUGCCAUGACUGGGGGCCUUAUACAACCAAAUUGCACAAUGAAUUACGGAAAAACACCAUCAAAGCUCUCUGUAAUGCAGAUCCGUCGGAAGGAGUUUUCAUCCGUGGAAAAGAUAUUUCCCUUCCAGAAACAUUUCUUAGAUCACCAAGAAGACCUCUAAGAGAUAUUGGGGGGAAGCCAGUUGCACAGAGAACUAUCAUUGCCUUCUUUGCAGGACAGAUGCACGGUCGAGUUCGACCUGCACUUCUCAAAUAUUGGGGAGGAAAGGAUCCAGAUAUGAGAAUAUAUAGUCGGCUGCCACAGCGAAUCACUAGGAGGAGGAAUUAUGUGCAGCAUAUGAAGUCGAGCAAGUACUGUAUCUGUCCCAUGGGAUAUGAGGUGAACAGUCCAAGAAUAGUUGAGGCAAUAUAUUAUGAGUGUGUUCCAGUAAUAAUUGCUGAUAACUUUGUGCUUCCAUUUGACAAUGCACUCAACUGGAGCGCGUUCUCUGUUGUCGUAUCAGAGAGAGAUGUACCUAAGCUGAAGGAGAUCCUGUUAGCAAUACCAGAGACUCGAUACAUAACCAUGCAGUCAAAUGUGAAAAGGGUGCAGAAGCAUUUUCUAUGGCAUGCAAAUCCCGUCAAGUAUGAUAUUUUCCACAUGAUAUUACACUCAAUUUGGUUUAGCAGGGUAAAUCAGAUCCAAAUAGAGUAGCACUUGUCAUCCACAUGUAAUUCAGACAUGUGAUGGUUGUUGGCUGAUUCAUUUCUGGUGUGACCUUGGUCGGAAGGAUGCACCUGUCGUCCACAUGACUGGGUAUGGUUGUUGGCUCACUCAUUUCUGGUGAUGCCUGAUUUGGAUGGUAGUCUGGUUGUUGCAGCUUUGUUCCUCGGUGAAGGUGCUGAGUGGAAAUAUCAAUCUGACAAGAGAACCUGCCGUAAUCUGUGGAUAAUAGACAGUUGCAUUUAGGAGCAGUUUAGGGUGUGAGUUUCACAUUGUUGGUAAUUUUCUUGAUCGAUAAGUUUGAUAGAAUUGUUGACGAAAAGCUGAAGAAUCGAAGAUAGGUCUCGUCCUGGUAGUCUUGUGAAAACGUUUCCUUUUUGUAACUGUUUGUAAAUUUCGCUCAUCUUUUAAUGGGGCCUGAGAAAAGAUGUUGAGGACUGGGAACUUUGUAACUGGCGAAGGAGGGAAGCUACGUUUCUGCGUGGAAGGAUGUAAAUGCGUCGCAUCUAAUGUUUUGUUUCACCCUUUGAAGAGAAUCAUCUUCCGUGAGGCCGUGAUCUC